AUGCGAGUGCUCAAAGGCGCUCGAAAAGGAAAGCGAGUGCUCAAAGGUGCUGCAAGAAGAAAGCGAGUGCUCAAAGGCACUCGAAGAGGAAAGCGAGGGCUCAAAGGCGCUCCAAGAAGAAAACGAGUGCUCAAAGGCACUCGACGAGGCAAGCAAGGGCUCAAAGGCGCUCGAAGAAGAAAGCGAGUGCUCAAAGGCGCUGCAAGAAGAAAGCGAGUGCUCAAAGGCACUCGAGGAGGGAAGCGAGGGCUCAAAGGCGCUCGAAGAAGAAAGCGAGUGCUCAAAGGUGCUCGAAGAGGAAAGAAAGCAAGGGCUCAAAGGCGCUUGAAGAGAAGCGAGGGCUUAAAGGCACUCAAAGAGGAAAGCGAGGGCUCAAAGGUGCUCAAAGAGAAAAGCGAGGGCUCAAAGGUGCUCAAAGAGGAAAGCGAGUGCUUAAAGGCACUCGAGGAGGGAAGCGAGGGCUCAAAGGCACUCCAAGAAGAAAGCGAGUGCUCAAAGGCACUUGAAGAGGAAAGCGAGUGCUCAAAGGCGCUCAAAGAGAAAAGCAAGGCGCACUCGAAAGGAUAA